GGGAGUUUCCCUGAGGUCCGUGAACGCAGCGCAGGUUUUCCAGGGAGUGGCCCCUGCACCUGUCCGACCUGUCUGCGGGAGCAGGAGGAGGAGGAGGAGGAGGAGGACAGGGGACACAUGACUCCGGAGGAAUUUCCCUCCGCUGCUCCCGUCUUUUGUGUAGCGGAGUGAGUUGAGUGUGGGAGCCGCCGCGUGAGAGGCAGAGGAGAGGGGGACACACAGAAGAAGAGGAAGAAGAAGAGGAAGAAGAAGAGAUGUCGGAACCACCAGCCGCAAACCCCGCUGCCACCUCGUUCCCUGCCCCGACGAUCUCUCUCCCCCUGGGACUGGAAGUACUGAGGACUUACUCUGGAGCUCUGGUCUGCUUAGAAAUAUUAUUUGGGGGUUUAGUAUGGAUCCUGGUGGCCUCCUCCAACGUGCCCGUGCCUCUGCUGCAGGGCUGGGUGAUGUUCGUCUCCGUCACCACCUUCUUCCUUUCCUCCGCCUACCUCGCGAUCCUCGUCAGCGGCCUGGCUGACCGCAUCAACACCGACUGGAACUUCUUGGAUGUGUUUUACCAUUUCCUAGCCCUGCUGUUCUACUUCGCCGCCUUCGUGCUGGAGGCAGCGACCACAGCAGCAAGGGGAGGAGCCCACGUCAACAGCACAGAAUGUGGGGGGUAUUUCCCCCCCCCUCGAGGCAACAUAUUGACAGUCCUGAGUGAGACGCAGUACGGUAUUAAUGUGGCAGCCACGGUAUUUGCCUUCAUAGUGACGCUAUGCUACGGCUGCAGUAUGGUGAUGGGCUUCAAGAGAUGGAUAGCGUAACCUGGGAGAAAACAAACGUAAACAGAUUUUUCAAAAGCUGCGUAACUUCAGCAUAAAACAUCACAACAUCCACCCAAAACUCCAGAGAAAACAACUGCCAAACAGUUUUUAUUUGAGUGCAAACUCGAUAAUUUCCCGAUGGGAAACUCCUGUCAGCGAGCUAUCACAGCAUCACAGCUACACAGGGAAAGUGUGGAGAAAAGGGAAUUUUGCCUCAGUCAAAACAUCUGUCAAGAUUUCUGGAAAAUAAUAUUCCCGCAGGAGUCCAAUCGUCUGAGGUUUGGUUUCAAGCUCUGUAGGUUGAGUCUAUGUUGAAGUGAUUUGAGAAAGUUAAAGGAAAAGUAGUUAUUGUCCAGUUAGCACCAUAUGAUUUGUAUUCCUCCGUGGCUAACCCGAUGAUUUCACUGCUUUGCCAGGAAAAUCGAUGUGGGAAGUUUGGGAAUGUUUUGAGGCUCCUUGGGGUCAUUUUACUUGAUGCAAGUGACCUCUGACAGUUAUGGUUUUGUUUUCUUACCCGCUUUGUUAAUCAUACAGAUAUUGACCCAUAUCCUGAGUUAUAUCCUCACUGAAGGAAAUAUUUCCCAUUGCCAUGACCACAAAAACCCGUCCAUGUUCUGUGUAUGCAGCUUAAAGGAUAUGCACAACAAGACCUGAUGGAAAAUAUCUUUGUAUCUUAAUAUCUUAAAAGACCCUGAAAGGCAAAGUGAUGGUUUUUACUGUCUUCCAGUUACUUUGGUGCUAAAGAGCUGAGAUUCACUCUAGAUUAAACAUGUGGUGAUUGUUUAAACUAUGAGUUUAUCUGAUAUUGAAUUUCAAAGGUUUGAUUACUUGUUAAGAGCAAUUUUUGUCAAAUGUUCUCACUAUAUACACCCUAAAUAUUUUCACCAAAUUGUAACUAUUGUGCUAUUCAGUCAAUGUAGUGUCUGUUGCUGUUUAAACUUUAAUGAAUGCUAACUCUAGUGACUUAGUGAUAAAUAUAACUCGACCAAGGUCUGGAUUCCUUUGUUUUGAUGCAUUUUACUAAAAACUAAUAAUCUAAUCAGAGCAUCAAAAAUGUUUUUGUCACCUGCUAUAUUUCAAGUAACAGAGUAAUGGGGGGAUUGUAUAAUAUAUAUGCUUAAAGUUGUAGGUUUUCACUGUGUGACCAUCAUUGUUUUUGUAUGGAUACAUCAUGCAAUUUUCCAAAUUAAUAAUUUUCUUAUUUCAA